AUGAGCGACCCGAUUACUGGGCGCCAGCCAAUCAGCGCGUCUUAUGUUGAGCCGUACUUAGGUCCAGCUCUGAGUUUCAGGAUCCGAGCACGUACAUAAGGAUUUUGGACUAUUUGGACUUCGCCUGUCUCUCGACCAAUUCGAUGCUUAGUGCUCAACAAAUCCUCUCUCCUCCCUUCCGGAUGACCGGAGCAGUGAUGGACAGCAUUGUGAUCCUCGACGACGACGAUGAAGAAGCGUCCACAUCUGCCUCCGCGUCCUGUUCCCACGCCACGAACUGCCAGCCGCAAACCCCCGUGAAGAAUCAGCUGCCGGCUCCGACGCACAUCACGCAGUCUCCGUUCGCCUCCGCGAAGAAGGAUGUUCAUGUCCUGCAGGUGGAGAAUGAAAAACUGUUUGCAGAGUUUGUGGAGCAUUGCUCUAAACACUCUCAAGACCAUCCCGAGGUCGUGACCUACCUCCAGAGCAGAUACUCAAAGGCGCUGCCGACCUUCCUGACGUCGGUGGAGUUUCGUAACACUCUGGGCCGCUGCCUCACACGAGCCCAGGCCAACACCGGCAAAACCUUCGUCUACAUCAAUGAACUCUGCACCGUUCUCAAACAGCACACGGCUCGGAAGAGGAGCUCCAUACAGCCCGUGCCCUCCCAGACGAAACCUGAGCAGAAGAGCAACGGCACAAACAUACAGGAGCAGGAGCGGCUUAAAGAAGAAGAGGAGAAACGAGAGGAUGAAGAGGAAACGAAGAAAACCAAAAGGGCUUCGAGGAGACAGAUAGCAUACCUGGAAAACCUGUUGAAGGUGUACAACGAGGAGAUCCGGCGGCUUCAGGAGCGAGAGUUGAGCGUCGACGAUCUGGAGAAAGAGGACUCCAGUUACAUUCAGGAGCACAAGCUCAAACGCAAGAUGAUGAAGAUCUAUGACAAACUGUGUGAGCUGAAGGGCUGUAACACACUUACGGGUCGAGUGAUCGAGCAGAAGAUUCCUUACAGUGGGACACGCUACCCAGAGAUCAACAAAAAGAUCGAACGCUACAUUAACAGUCCAGAAGCUCUUCACAACCCGCCGGACUACACCGAUAUCCUGAAGGUGGUUCAGCGCACUAACGAACGCUACAAACUCAUCCUCACUCGCAAACAGACCACACAGAUCGCUCAAGAAGCCUUCAGAGAGACGGGCAACAAACUCCAGGAGAGACGCCAUCUGGACAUGGUCUACAACGGCUCCCAUCCAUCUCACGAUUCCUUCAAACCCACGUUAGACCCCGCUCUCACUGAUCCAACACUAAACCGCAAACUCCGCUCAAACAGAGACGUGGCUCUGAGCAGCCUGGAGGAGGUGAUCACCAAAUACGCUAUUAAACAGGAAGACAUAGAGGUCGAGGAAAUGAGGAAGAGACAAGAGAGAGACAGACAGAAAAAAGAGGCACUUAAUGGGCAGCAGAGUGAAAGCAAAGAAAAAGAGACGGAGGAAAAGGAAGAAAAAGAGGAGGAAGAGGAGGAGGAAGAUGAAGAAGAGGAUGAUUCCUCUGAUCCUGACAUUGAAGAGGAGAUCCAAGCCAGUCAAAAACAAGCUGGUCCGGAUGACGAUGAAGAGGAUGUGGAAGAGGAGCCGUUGAACAACAGUGACAAUGACCAGCCGAUGGAUGAGAACUCUCCUCCCUCGAUCAAAUCAUCCGCCCAGGACACGGAGGAGGACCAGGGAGAUGAAGACCAGCGCUCUCCGGCCAGCAGCACAAACGAGACGGAAACUAACACGAACCACGUGGCCGUGGAGCAAAGCCCUCCGUUCAUACAGACCUCAGAUCUUAUGCCUAUCGACGAGGCGGAGCUCACUUCCUCCGAUCACAGUAAAAGCGACACCGCCGAGACGGUCUCCACCAAUCAGGACGCUCCGUCAGCCACGAUGAGAUCAGCCAACUGCAGCCCGCUACCUCAAACGAGCCCUCUGCUGAUCGACGAGAUGGGCAACUACAAGAAGAGGAAACGGUCCUCCGCCGAACACCGGACCACUGCCUCCAACGGGGACUGCACACAGGACAGUGAUAUUCCUCUGGAUAUGGGUGUGAUCUUCUGUCCUGAGGAGGAUGUGCCCAGGACGAUGACUUCCUCUCAGCUCAUGGUCAGAAGCUCACGAUCCACGCCACCACCCAAGAGGAAUAAGGUGAACGUGGCGACUCAGUGCGACCCGGAGGAAGUGAUCGUUCUGUCUGAUUCAGACUGAGUUCGUCCGUCACAGCGUCUCCGUCAGCGUCCCGCUCCGUUAGUGCCUGCCAGUGUGAACAGAGAACUGAAAACCCUCAUUUAAUUUGAGACUGGUUCGGUCAGGGUUUGAACCACUCGCACGCCAUGCCAAGGUUUACUUUUUAUACGAGGAGAAAAUGGCAUGCCCUUCUUCAUUCAGGCUUUUUAGAGGUAUUUUGGUAUAUUGUAACUGGGACUGGCCUCUAGACGUUCUUACUCCGAGGCGUUCUCUGGUAUUGUAUUUAUGAUUUUAGUUUGAGGGUUUGCGAUCCUCAUUUGUGCCAAGAGUCACGAGGGAAACUGAACUUUCCCUCUUCAACUCAAUAAAUGCUCCCAUUUUGUGUAGUGUUUGACUUA